AUGAUUCUUAUUGGGUGUAUCUAUAGACCACCUUUAUCCCAUAUAGAUGAUAUAAAUAAAACAAUUAUUUCAGCUAAGCAAGCUGUUGAUAGAAAAGCGUAUAGCUGUAUGUUAUUAGCAGGUGAUUUCAACUUUCCGGACAUUAAAUGCCAUAAUGACGAAAGAAUUGAAUUACUAAGCGGUCAAAAUAGUGCUGCAAGUGUUUUUCUUGUAACUUUGGCUAAUCAUAAUCUAGAACAAUUAGUUGAUUUCUCAACCUUCGAAGCAUCUAAUAGAAAUGCAAAAAAUGUUUUGGAUUUAAUUAUUACAGACUCUUCAACUAGAGUAAUCAAUUUAUCUAGCUCUAUACCGUUAGGUGAUUUGUCACAAGGUCACCGCAUAUUGAGUUGGUAUUAUGUCGUCCUCUCUAAAAAUAGGACAACUUUCUCAAACAAAAAAUAUGAUUUUAAUAAGGGUGACUAUAAAAACUUCGGUAAAAAGAUUAUGGAAACUAAUAAAAACACUAACGAAUGCUAUGAACUUUUCUGCAAUAAAUAUGUUAAACUCAGCAAGCAAUUCAUCCCGUUAAAAAAAGUCUAUUCUACUCGUAAUGCACCGUGGAUGAAUAAGGAAGUAUUAGCUAUGAUAAAGAAAAAACAACAACUGGGCAAUUACUUAUCUAUGACAAACUGGGGAUCAUCAACCCUCAUUUGUGAAUAUAAGAAACUAAGAAGCCAAGUUCAGAAAGCAUGUACACAUCGUGUUCGAGUAUUUGAAGCCCAACUGGCAUCAGGUAAAAAUAAUCCAAAAAGAAUGUAUGGUUAUGCUAAAGCGCGACAGAGCGUACAUGUAUCUAUUGGCGCUAUAUCAGAUGCAAAAGGUGAAAAGUUAACAGAGGUAAUACAUAUCGCAAACAGACUUAACGAACACUUUAAAUCAGUUUUUGUUGAUGAUAGCAUAAAUGAUCAGUUACCGGUUUUUGAGAGAAGACACAAUCAAGAAGACUUAGGCGAUGUAAUAAUAAGUUUUGAAGCAACGCUAGCCUAUUUGAAUGGUUUGAACCCGAACAAAUCUAUUGGUGUUGAUAACAUUAGUCCAAAUAAUGUGCAGCUCAAAUUAGUACUUAAAUAA